ACUAGUAUGGGUAAACGACAGCUAUCCCACACCUGCACGCUACACAUUAUUUGAUUGUCAUCGGAAUGCAAAUAAUUUGGGCGGUUUCCAUGGUCGUCUUCGUCCUGCUAUUGGUUACCACGCCCCUCUGGACACAGCAGGACCUUCCGUUGCAUGUUUCCUACCCUUUCCACUUACACGAUUCAUCAAAGCACCCCGUGACACACAUCCUCAUAUACAUAUCACAUUCUUGGAGCAUUCUGUACUUCCUUACGGGGCUCGUCUCUACCGAGUUAUCGAUCAGUAUUUAUUCGCAGCUAACGACUGGAUUGACUGUCCUGUGCGUUGAGCUUCGGCAACUCCACCAGAUCUGCGAUGGAGACGAGGAUCUGCUCCGAUGGGAGAUCAAUCGUCUGGUCAAAUCUCAUCAGAAGAUUAUCAGUCUGGUGGAUCGAAGCAAUGAGGUAUUCCACGGUCCUUUAAUCAUGCAAAUGAUCGUCAACUUCUUGCUGGUCUCCCUGUCGGUCUUCGAGGCAAUGAUGGCCAGGCACGACCCCAAGGUGGCAGGCCAGUUCAUACUUCUAAUGAUCUUGGCCUUGGGUCACCUGUCGAUGUGGACGAAAUUCGGGGACAUGAUGUCGCAGGAGUCGCUGGAAGUGGCCGAGGCUGCAUACGAUGCCUACGACCCAAGUGUUGGGUCCAAGAAAAUCGAUGGCAAUAUUCGCCUUAUAAUGUUGCGUGCCCAGGAACCAUUGAUCAUGAGAGCUACUCCCUUUCCCACUUUUAAUAUGAUUAACUACAAGGCCGUGAGUUUAAUGGAAGAACACUUGAAUGGUAGCACUGAGUGCAUCUUUUUUUUUUUUAUACUCAACCAGUGCUACGGAAUCCUCACGCUUCUGCUGAAUACUUUGGACUAG